UGUAUGCUCAUAUAGUUUAUCUUAUUUGAAGUCAUGUUUAUUCAAUUUCAAUUUAAAACUUGGUUUAAAGUUGACAUUAAAUGUAACACAGAAUUAUUACAGCACACCAAUGUUAAUAAUAUCAAUGUCAGAGGUUUACACAAUCGUGAACUGGGCUUAAAGCCUCAGUGUCAUUGUAAUUAUAAAUAUACUAUCAUAAAAUAAACAGUUGUGUAACAAUCUUGUCAACUUGUUGACAAUCAAACCAGGGCGGGGACCAAGUGACAUGUGAUCCCUAUGAAUAUCGUAAACUUUUGUUUACAGUAGUUGUUUCAUCUAGUUAUGCUACUCAAUACUGUUGCAUUACUAUUAGGAGUGGAACUUAUUCUACUCUACUCUGGAUUGGCAGAUUGUGCUAUCACUAACUUUCAAUGUACUGAUGGGCCAGUAUGUGCAGGGGAUAGAAUAGAAUGCAACUGCACAGCAGAUACUGGUGCUUUAGAGUGGAACAUUAGUUACAGUGAAGUGGAACAUUUAAUAUGGAACAAGGUUACAGAAGAAAAAUUUAGUCAUGGCACACUUAAGGAAAUAUAUAGUUAUGGUUACAAUUUCACAUAUAAUACGAGUUAUACAGGUCCGGACACUUCAAUACUGACCUUUAAUCUUAAUCACUCUGAGAGUGUACGCAUUGAAUGUACAGAUUCCAAUGAUGGUAAUACAAAGAACACAACAGUUACUGAUUUAGGUUAUUAUGCAGCGCCAUCAAAAGACUUAACAUCAACCUUCAAUGCAAGUGGAGUUACUUUACAAUGGGAGGACACUGGGAAUAACUGUACUUCUACUGUGUACAAAGUGACUCUUAAUGGAACAUCAACCAGUGUAUUGACCUAUAAUACUAGCAAAACAACUUUACUUAUACAUUCAAGUGAACUAAACACAACAGAAACCUAUACAUACACUGUUAGAGGGUGGAAUGGACAGCAAAGUAACGUCAGUAACCCAUUCACACUUGGUCCUAUUAAUGUGACAGAUGUCGUUAUAAUAAAUGUAACUGAAACUAAUACUACUGAUCCUUGUAAGAAUAAUAGUUGCUGUGCUAGUGUUACACUGAAUAUAAUACUGGAAUUAUCAGAAUCAGAUACAAGUUUGAAGUAUCCAAUCCAGAACUACAGCAUAUCAUACCAUUCCAUUACCGAAAAUAUGGCAGUACCAUAUAAAUCACAUACAACGGUGUUAAUGCCUGUAUUAAAACUAAAAUACAAUAAGACCUAUUGCGUUACAGUUACACCAAUGAAUAAUUUCAGCACAGGAGAGCCAAAAAAUUUUAGCAAAACGAUUGAUGAAUAUCAAUGUCCACCAUCAGAAAAUAAUGGAAAUGGUGGCUUAAGUGCAGGAGCAGUGGCCGGAAUUGUCAUUGGAGCCAUAGCUAUCAUAGUUACACUAUUUUAGUAGCUACCAUUAUAUUAGCUAUAUACAAGUACAGAUAAAUAACAUUGUUUUAUUUAAGUAAUUUUUAAAUUUAUUAUGUACUAAGAGUACAUUAUAUGUAAAAAAUGAAUUGCUAAAGGUGAAUGUCUUACAAGUGAUAUAUAUUCAUAAUUUAUAGUAAAAAUAAAUUGAAA